AUGGCUGCUACAAAUUCAGCUCCACCCCUGUUGCAUUUCUCACCAAGGAGGAGGUUUUCAACCUGUUCCUUGGCACCCCAUUUGAGUUUUAUCAAAUUUAGGAAGACCCAGUUGGGAUUUGAGUCUAUAAUCUCAACAAAAAAAUUGGAAUGGAAGGACCGCAGAGGAAGAACAGAAGAAUGGCAGAACAAGACAAGGAGAAAAUGGGGAGUGAGGUGCACUGCAGAGGGUAUAGAUGGAGGGAUGCUUAUGGGAGGGAGAGCUAGAGAAGAUUGUGUUGGUGUUGGCAUUAGCAUCCCAGAGAGGUUGAAGGUGGUGUCUUUGGUUGCUUGUGUUAUGUGCCUGUGUAAUGCUGACAGGGUUGUCAUGUCUGUGGCUGUUGUUCCACUAGCUGCCAAACAUGGUUGGUCCAGUUCUUUUCUUGGCAUUGUUCAGUCAUCUUUCCUGUGGGGUUACAUAUUCUCUUCAGUGAUUGGAGGAGCUUUGGUAGAUAGAUAUGGAGGAAAGAGGGUGAUGGCUUGGGGUGUGCUUUUAUGGUCUUUGGCAACUCUUCUUACACCUUUGGCAGCCAAUCACUCCACGAUGAGCUUGUUGGCUAUUCGUGCUUUCUUUGGAUUAGCUGAAGGAGUGGCUCUUCCAUCCAUGAGUACUCUCUUAUCAAGGUGGUUUCCAAUUAAUGAAAGGGCAAGUGCAAUUGGAAUUUCAAUGGCGGGAUUUCAUCUUGGAAAUGUCAUAGGCUUGUUGCUAACACCAAUUAUGUUGUCCACCAUUGGACUUUUUGGUCCUUUUAUCUUAUUCUCAUCUCUUGGGUUGCUCUGGGUGAUGACAUGGGCAUAUCGAGUUACAGAUGAUCCUUUGGAAAGUAAUUUCAUCAGCAGAUCAGAAAUAAGAUUAAUCCAAGCUGGAAAAUCUGUUUCUCAGAAAAAAAGUAGCAAAUUCCCUCCUCUACGCCUUCUGCUAUCAAAGUUACCAUCAUGGGCUAUAAUAUUUGCCAAUGCAACUAACAACUGGGGGUACUUUGUUCUCCUCUCAUGGAUGCCGGUUUAUUUCAAAAGCGUAUAUAAUGUGAACUUGAAGCAGGCAGCUUGGUUCAGUGCAGUUCCCUGGGCAACUAUGGCAAUUUCAGGUUAUCUAGCUGGUGCUGCAUCAGAUUUCUUAAUCAAUGAAGGGUACCCUACAACAUUGGUUCGAAAGUUCAUGCAGACUAUUGGAUUCAUUGGGCCAGCAGUGACCUUGCUCUGCUUGAAUUAUGCCAAUACACCUACAAUUGCUGCUACACUCUUGACUGCAGCUUUGAGCUUGAGUUCUUUCAGCCAAGCUGGUUUUAUGCUCAAUAUACAAGACAUUGCUCCUCAGUAUGCAGGAAUUCUACAUGGAAUCUCAAAUUCAGCUGGGACUUUAGCAGCUAUCAUAAGCACAAUUGGAACUGGUUAUUUUGUACAAUGGCUGGGAUCAUUUCAAGCAUUCUUAACUGUAACAGCAUGUCUCUAUGUUGUGACAACCAUUUUUUGGAAUCUUUUUUCCACAGGGGAGCAAGUUUUGUGACUUCUUCCCAUCAAAAGCACGAGAAAAAAUUUAGUUAUCUUCUACAAGAAAUGAAAGAAUAGCAUUUUUUCUUACCAAAAGGAAAAAAAUAUAAUAUUUUCAGCCUCUAUCAAC